GCACGCGCCUUGCCUGCACCAUCUUGCCUGCGUCAGCGGCACAGCCCACGCAGCGCAGCCCAGCGAUGGCCGCUCACCACCUGCUCACGCUGCAGAUGCUGCCAGACACUGCGCUCAACUAUGCCCCCUCCUCUGAACCAACAUGCCCGCCACGAAGAAGGGUCCCGUUCUCCGCGUCACGGGCCUCGCAGCCUCGCAGCCUGACGAGGAGCUGAUGGCAUCGCUCAAGGCAGCUAUUGACGACAGCCUCACCAACGACGAGCAAUCAAGGGUAGAUGUCAGAGUGGCUGUCGUGCCCUCCUGCUACAACGAUGAGGAAAAGGUGGCGCUGGUGGAGUGCCGUGGCGGGGUGCCUGCGUUCCUGUCAGAGCUGAUAGCCGAUCCGCUGGAGGAGUCGCAGAUGGAGAUGGGCGACACGGACAUCAACUUCGACCAGCACUUCUUCGGAUUCACCCAGCUGUACACGCCGCAGCCAGGCUCGCUGGUAGUUGCCGAUAUCAUCGCCAUCACUGGUCUCGACGGCCACGCGUACGGCUCGUGGCGCGGCAAAGGUAGCCUCGGGCGUAUGUGGCUGCGCGACUUCCUGUCCAAAGACCUGCCGUGCUGCCGCACGAUGAUCUACGGCUACAACUCGAAGCUGUCGAGCCACGGGGUGGACACGAUCAUGGACUACGGACGGGGCCUGCUGGAGGAGCUCAAGAAGAUCCGGAGCACAGAAGAGGUGAGUAGAGUUGCGGGCUGUUGUUGUCGCACGCUCAGGAAGCUGCGUGCACACGGCUAAUGCCUUGUCAAGGCGGUCCAGACGAUAGAAGACGACCACCCGACAAUAGCGUCCCUUUACAGGGCUACCUACGGC